AAGAUUUAUCUGCGUUAAAAUAUGUACAUGUGUAAAGUUAAUCUAAUCUCCGUUUCGAUUCAGAAGCCGAGAUCGUGGUGAUCUGUGCCAAGCUACUUUUCGCUCAACUGUUCAAUAGACCUCAACUAAGUAAAUUUCACAAACCUUAAGUUGGCUUAGCUUUAGAGGUUUGAUUUUUCCCCAAUGGCCUUCGUGUAUACAUCGCUAGUGCACUGGGUAACUCCACUUUCACUUUCAGUGUUUGGCGUGAUUUUGAACCUCCUGUCAAUGGGUGCAAUUUUGAGCUUCGGGGCCUUACGCAAAACCAAAAAUAUUUUCAUCUUUCACCUGUCCUUUUGUGAUUUCGUCGCAUCACUUUCUAUCAUGAUGACUUCUAUUAAAUUUAUUACUCAGUGGGAGUUUCCCGUGUCCAUCUUUCAACUGCUAUUCCUAGUAGCCUUGAUGAUGUCGCUACUCACUACCCUUGCUAUCGCCAUAGAACGAUUUAUCAUCUUUUAUCUUGAUCCAUUUGGGAAUCGCAAAAUCAUCACCCCAUUUCGAACGAUCCUGGCAUUUUCGGUGACAUGGGUCUUUGUAGGCGGGUUAUUUUACAUAAUGGGCUCACGCUUCAAAGAAAGAUUGUAUUUGCUGGGUAAGGUGAUAUUGUCAUCUACAAUUUUGAUUAUCACCGUGGUUACUGUGUCCUUGUAUAAAAUCAUCUAUCAGAAAAUAACGUCUGCGUCUACAAGCCUUGGAGCGUCGGAAACGUUUCUCCAGCGGAGGUUCAAGUUGCACCAGAAGAUCAUUGUGACAUUCAGCCUUGUUGUCGGAACGACUGGGUUGUGUUGGCUCCCGGUGACAGUGACAGAGUUCUUGAAAGGGUUUCCGCAACUUAAUGACAAAGCCUGGUACAUCGUUCUCGAACGGGUCUUCUUCGGUAUUCUGUGCUCAAACCAGUUCUUGAAUCCGAUCAUCGUCUGGUCCAGAUUGACGGAGUUUAGGGAUACGUUAAAGGUUUGCAGGCGAGGGGACCAAGCUGGCAGUGGGUCCAAGUCUACAGGACAGAACACUAGAUCCGUAUCAGCCAACGUGCCAGUAAACAACAUGUCUAGAGACAAUCCCAAUUUCAUAGCGUCACCGUGAGCUAGUAUCACUAUGACGCCCUCACUCUCCGAGAGUCGUUUUUUCACAUAAUUUCAAAAUCUGACAUUAAACGAGUCUUGAGAACACAAGCACACAUUAGACACCCGAGGUGGUUGAACACUCUAGACUUUUUCGAUGUAGGCAAGGAACUCGGAAAAUUGUUAAUGCCUUGAACUGGUAUUAAUACACCAGUGACCCCCUACGGUAUUAAACAUGCAUAAUUUUAAGAUAUAGAUCUGAAUAUAAAUAAUAAAUAUCAAUGGAAGACGAGUGUGUUUGUAUUUAUAUAAGCCCCCCCCCCACAUACACACACAUUGGUUUAGAUGUUAGUACGAUCUCAAUUUCCUUUUUUUUUUUGGGGGGGAAGAAAGCAAAAAACGAUGUCGGAACUUUGACCCUCAUUUUCAUGGCAAAAAUGGUCUCAUAUAAUAUUUAGGUUAUGUCGACAUAUAAUUGUGGGAUCACGUUUUGGAUGCCUACAAAAUUCUCGCUCAUUCACACUAAUGGUUUGUGAGAUAGAAAACAAUGCGAUACUAGUAUUUGAAUUUUAAAACUCAUUUACAUACCCAAGAAGACCGAAUGAACUUGAUGAAAUUAUGAGAUGAUUGUCUGGUUAUGUUCUAUAUCCGUGCCAUCCGUGGCACUUAUAAUAAUCAUAAAAGUGAGGAUGAAAUUAGAGGGUUGAAUGUUUACAAAAAAACUCUUAAAACAAUUCAGUCAGAUUGACUAGACCAGUAGUCAGCUGGGUGCAACUUAUAUGACAAUCGCCGAUUAUCAUAUUUCUGACAUAUAUUCUAGUCAGACAUAACUAUGUUUUAGUUAAAACAAAAAAUACGACUAGAAACUCGCCAAAUAUGACUAGAAUAAUAUUUGCACCCAGCUGGCCGUAAACUAGUUAUCUAACAUUCGAUGUCUGAACCCAAAAAGGCUCGCUUUAAAAACAGAUCGGCAUGUAUGAAGACUACUCCUGACAGGAUCAAAUUCACCACCUGAGACGGUAAAAUGGCCCUAAUUAUUCCGCUAGUCAAAAUAGUUCCAAAAUUGAUGACACAUCUUCCCCAUUUGGAAAAAGAAAGUCCUAUAAUUAUCCUCCCUAGAAUCAGCGUCAGAUUGCCAAUUAUAUUCAUUCAUUUUUGUCAAUCACAUAAAUCAAAUUAAAAAUUGGAGAAUGGGUUAGCUCGAAUGAAUCUUUUGCCUGUCAGUUGUAAAUAGGCCCGUGCUACCUCCAUUAUUCAAUGUAAAGUUAUGGAAUGUUCUUGCAUAGGAAACAAAAUAAUAUACAUUCACAACAUGCUUUUUCAUAUCUAAAUAUAAAACCGUUAUUUUAUCUGCAUUUGAUUGCACAAAACCUCUGUCUGUUUGUAGUUUGGUUGUAAUGGACCUAUUGUAGAUUUUGAUUGUUUUCUGAAUUUGAUUUACCAUGCUAUAACGAAUAAUUUGUACGCAAGGGGAUCACUUUUUGUUGUGAUAAGCAUCCACAUUAUAUCUGAUUUGCAUUUUAUGAAUUAUAUAAACAAAUUGAAUUGAAACGCUAAAAUGAACAAUACUUACACAAUAAUUGUCUGCACAAUAACAAAACUGUAUGGGUAAUAAAAAAACUGUUGUAUAAACACGGGUGUCCAGUACACAACUAUCAUUUCCUGAGGUUGAUUAACUUGAUAUUAGAUGUUCUUAAUCUCACUUAGUUUGAAAGUUGAUUAUAACAUUAAAUAUAUCAUGUGAAAAAAAUUGUAAGAUUUUAAAAAGGUUGCACUUGACUAUUUGUAAAUAAGCUUUGAUGUUCUUAGGAAAUUUGAUAUGCAUUUUGUCAUGAAUGGAACGGCAUAGGCCUACGAGUUUUACAUUGUAUCAUGCUCUUUCAGCAGUUCAGUAUAUUUUAUAACAAAUCUUGCAUAAUUGCUAAAAAGAACAGAUUAGAAGUUGUGCCUCUUUGGGAUCCGGGGGGGGGGCACUCAGUAUAUAAUGCAUAGUGGGUAUGUGCCGCGGAGGGGACCCCCAUUUUUACAUGUACACUCAAAUUUUCGUUCCGAGGCAUAGCACUUUUGUCUCAUUGAGAAAAAGAACGGCAAAGAAAGCCGCUCCAAAGCAUAGCUUUUUCUUCUUAUCGAGAAAAAGAAGAAAGAAAUCUAGA